AAAACAGCUGAGUUAUGACGUCACGCAAAUGGCGUGUUAACUUGAAAAGUCAAAAGCGAAGGGUUGGAAAAUUGCGAAAUACCCUUAUUCGAGUCGUAAUUUGAAUGUCUUUCGAAACAUUGUAGUGAAGGUACUUACUUAUUUAACCUGGAAGUCCAAACCAUACAUCCUGGACGCAUUUCACGUGCCAAAACUGACUUGACGAGGCCAUCACCAUGAAAGCUUUCGAUUUAAUCGCCCAAUUAACUAGGUUAAGACGUAUUCACACCGAUUGCCGACUUUAUUCGAAAAUAAACAAAGAAUUUUCCAAAGCCCCCGUUACCGUUGCAUCAUCUGCUCCUGAUUAUCUAAUACAAAAUUUAAGGAACGCUAGAAGUUCGCAGAAUGUGUUGGAAAUAGUUAAGGAUCAUUAUAAUAUUAUGAACAGCAAGCAAGUGAUGCAAGCUUUGAGGUCGAUCUAUUUGUUGCAGAAACAGGGAAGCCAGGAUCUAUCAACUCAACAAAUCAUGAAAAAUCCUAGCUUUGAAAGGCUCUGUCACAAACUGAAGAGUCAAGCUGGUCUAAUAGAAUUAAAUGAAACAAUUGAGGCCUUAAAAGUGGUCUCAUACGUUGGCGUCUCAAGUACAAGUACGAUUGUACAAGUACUGCUGCAGUUACUGCGUCAUAAUAUAAAUGAUUUAUCCUUACAUCACAUAAUAUUUUUGGAUUUUCUACUGAGACAAUUUAAAAGUUCGCCUCUGGUCGAGGCCCUGUUAAUUGCUUUACCAAUUGUGUUUGAUGUAAAUCUCCCAGUGAAAAUCGAGACUCGAAAUGUAACAUAUCUGGUAGAAUACCUACAAUAUGUGUCAAAGAAAAGGGUCUCUGAAAAGUGUAUAUCGCUGAUUGUGAACAACUUAAAAACACAUUGUCAAGAUGGUUCUGUAUUGGAACCCAAGCUCGCUAAAAGCAUAAUAUGGUCUAUAUGUGAUAUGGAGGACAAUGAAUUCUUCGAACCUCUUUUGAAAGAUGCUCUGAAUGCAAUGCUCUUUAAUAUCGACGCAUUUGAUUGGCGCGAUUUGGAAACAACACUGUCAAAGCUUGCAACCAAAUAUUCACCACAAUAUCCAUUUUAUUAUGACGAAGUAUUUUAUGAUACAUGUGCAAGUUAUGUCAUCGAUAAGGAUUUGGGAUUUCAAGAGGCACUGUAUACUUUAAGGAAGAUGCUAAAACCGAAUCACUCCAACGAAAAGUUACUUAGUUACCUUUCUCAGAAGUGUCAUGAAGAUCCACACUUAUUGCUCAAGGCGCCGCCAAUGACUAUUUUUACGGUGGCGAUAUCAAUUAGUUUGACAGAAUUUAGACCGAUCCAUUGGGAAACGAUGAAAAACGCACUAGCAGAAACGACAUGCUUUCAGGAUUACAAAAAACCUGAUAUAUUGUGGAUGAAGCUUGCUGCUGCCCUGUGCUCAUUGGAUGUUUACAAAUUUGAUGUCUUAGAUAAAUGUUUCAGUGAUUCGUAUUUGGAGUCGAUGAUUAAACAAAGAAACAUAUUCGAUUUUGGAAAUUUCAUUUUAGUAUGCCAAGCAAUUAACGCUUUUCAACCAAACUAUGCACAUUUGCUUCCUUCAACAAACAUCAUCAAUAAUAUAUUCGCCCAAAUAAACCAUAAUGAAAAUUACCCUUUAGAAGUUCCACUAAUAAAAGGUUUGGGAGGAGAGGUGUAUGUUAAAACUGGGGUAACAAGUAAACUGGCUCAUCACAUAGAUCAUGUGGUGGUACUACGUAAGGGCGGCUAUCCCAUUUCGUUGCCCCAAGACGCAAAGCAUCUAGAAGAUAUUACUGUUGCACCCGACAGUCAAAUAGUUUUAAUACUCGUUCUUGGCCCGUCGCAUUACACGAUUAACAACAAAAAGUUGAAAGCGUCUACUGCUCUAAUGAUAAAAACUUUGGAAGCCAAAAACUAUACCGUUAUACCAUUUUCGCUUGAAGUGUGGGAAGGUCUAGCAGACUUUGAAAAGGUUCCCUAUCUCAUGCAAGAAAUUAAAUCUAGCAUUGAAAAUGAACAAAAUAUGUCAGAAAUAAGAUAGUAGUAAACAUGUUAGUUGUAUAUUUAUAGCAUUUUCAAUAAACAAGAAUAGAUUGAGAUGAA